UAGGACUCGGAGGGAACUGCAGAAACGGGGGAAACGGCGCCCCCGGCUCCGGCGAGCUUUUACCAUGGGAUGCUGCACUGGGCGCUGCACGUUGAUCUUCCUUUGCACGCUGCAGCUGCUAGCUGCACUGGAGAGACAAAUCUUUGACUUUCUGGGAUUCCAGUGGGCUCCCAUCCUUGGCAAUUUCCUGCAUAUAAUAGCUGUUAUUUUGGGUUUGUUUGGAACCAUCCAAUACAGACCUCGGUAUAUAGUUCUGGAAACAGAUCUCAUGACCUUUAACAUCUCAAUGCAUCGAUCUUGGUGGCGAGAACAUGGGCCAGGCUGCAUACGAAGAGUAGUGCGCCCUUCAGCUCCUGGGAUCAUAGAUGAUAUUUCCUAUGUCUCUGUGACAGGUUGCAUAAUUGACUUUCAGUACCUAGAGGUCAUUCAUAGUGCCAUCCAAAUUCUACUCUCU